GAUUGUCAACAGACUGGCUCGUCGGAGAAGAUAGGAAAGUCACGUCCCCCGAGACCGUAACGGACACAACAGGAUGUGAUUCGUCGCGUAUUUGGGUAUCGAUUGUGUGCAGGCACGUUAGUUAUGUUCGUAACAGCGGAUAUAGCUAAGAGAAAUGGAACGCUGUCCCAUCGAGAUCGGAAUCCGGUGUGACAAAAUGAGUACGCUAUUCUUAAUUUGCCUCGCGAUUUGUCACUCAAUUUUCGUGGUUUCGCAGAGUGAUGAGGAUCAUAAAGUACAAAAUUCCUUAACAACACAAGAUAGCUCACAUGAGGUAUACAAGUCAGAUUUUAAAAUAUUAUUAGACAAUCCAGUUUCAAUGAUGCAUAUCUUGUUCAAUGAAUAUGGAGGCGAAUACAAAAUCCGGAGGAGACCUUAUCCUCCCUUAAGGACCAAACGCCGUACGACACAUCGUCCUCGUACAAGACCAAAUGCAAAAUCGAAAAUUUCGAUGAAGAAUUAUAGGAAAGCUACUACUACGCCAAUUUCUGAUGGGACUAAUCUUAAUGUAAACGUAAACGCGGGUAACAUUUUCGAUAACGAAUCUUCCGACGAUCAUUAUCCUUUUCACGGAGGUUUGGAAUCUCUUCUGGCAAGAUUGAUCAAAGCGUUGGAGAACGAUACCAGAGAAAGCGAUCAUGUCGCACCAACGGCGAAGUCGAACUCAAGUGCCAUCAACAACGCGACCAUCUUCGACGAUGAAGAUCGCUGUCAGAAGUGGCUGGACAACAGGGAGAAAAUCGAGGAAGCCUUUCCGGGAUCCGUCACUGACUUGCCAGCGUGCCCCUGCCAGUAUCCGAACGGCGUCUUCUACGAGAACCAGAUCUGGGACAGGAAGCGUGAGAAGAACUUUCGAUGGCGAGACGUGAGUCAUGAUACAGACCGACUCACGAUCUACAAACCUGGUGCCGCUUACUGCGUGCAGACUCUACCCUCUCAGGAAAGCGAGAGCGCUGUCGCGCAGCAUUGCUGCUACGAUGACAAUAGAAAAUUGCUGACCCGUGGUUCCGGCGCUGGCACUCCAUACAUCGUUAGUCCGGAUAUCUCGCCUCUUUUGCACGAUAAGAUCGACUUGCUCCCUUGGCGGCUUUGCAAGGGUGAUUUCACCAGAUACAAUGAAGUGAGAGUACCGAAUAAUGGCAAUGACUGCGAGAUAAACCCAGAUGACGAAGAAUACCAGCAUCAAGUGGAAGGAGCGAAAAAUUAUUGACAUAUGAUACUGUCGCAAUUAUACCAAAAAUAGCAAUAUUUGCCUAAUUUUCACUUCAGUUGUGUUUCCAAAAAGAAUAGUUUAAGAAAUGUA